UUGCCAUACCAAAAAAGAAAAAGAAAAAAAAAAAACACACACAACCUCCCUCACAUUCUGUAUAUUCAUUUACCUAUUCUUCACUCAUCAGAUUCUUGUUUCAUAACAACAACAUUUUUGUUCUUGACCAAUUUAUGCUCAAUGGCUUCUUCAAGUGCCUCUAGGUUCAUCAAGUGUGUGACUGUUGGUGAUGGUGCUGUUGGCAAGACUUGCAUGCUUAUUUGCUACACCAGUAACAAAUUUCCCACUGACUAUGUACCAACUGUAUUCGACAAUUUCAGUGCCAAUGUCGUUGUUGAAGGCACCACUGUCAAUUUAGGCCUCUGGGACACUGCUGGACAAGAAGAUUACAACAGGUUAAGACCCUUGAGUUAUCGGGGAGCUGAUGUCUUCGUUCUAGCGUUUUCAUUGGUUAGUCGAGCUAGCUACGAAAACAUACUUAAACGGUGGAUCCCCGAGCUUCAGCAUUUCGCUCCUGGAGUCCCCAUUGUUCUGGCUGGAACCAAACUCGAUCUUCGUGAGGAUAAACGUUACUUAGCUAAUCAUCCAGGACUAGUGCCCGUGACCACUGCACAGGGAGAGGAGCUAUGCAAACAGGCGGGCGCUGCAUAUUACAUUGAAUGCAGCUCUAAAACUCAACAGAAUGUAAAAGCAGUUUUUGACGCUGCAGUUAGGGUUGUUAUCAAGCCGCAACAAGCAUCAAAGGAAAAGAAAAGGAAAAAGCAAAACAAAGGAUGCUUUGUGAACAUGUUUUGCACAAGGAGACUCACUUGCCUGGGAUAGAAUAGCAAAUGCUGGAUUUAUUCGUAUUGAGUUCGACUGUAACUUUACAUUCAAAGCUUGAUAGAAUCGGCUGCCGUUGUUAGUAUUUUAAGCGAUUAGAGGAGUAUAUUCGUUGAACAAUAUCCAUUUCAUGAACAGUUCGGUGGAAACUUCUUUUGUUUUGUUUAAUAUUUCAUGGGCCAAGUGAACGUGUAUAGUUUGAGUA